UGUCGUAGCGUUCCCGUGGGCUGCCCAACGGUCGGAAACAAGAAUUUUUUUAAGCGUCCACCCCCGGCCGGUGGCUGCAGCAAUUUCGUACGUUGGCGUCUUCCCUCGUGCAACGUGUGUCUCCGGUCGCCGCGAUCACGACAGCCAAGUGCGUCCCCUCUCCUUCAUGGCUGACCUGUGCCGCAGGCUGCCUUUGUUGCUGCUUGUCGCUGUGCUGCUGCUUGCCGUUGUCGUCUUUCAUAUCUGCAUCCUCGGUCGCGUCCCUGGGAGGAAACAAAGGCGGCGAACGACGAAGGCGACCGGGAAGAUGGAGAAGGUGCAGACGAAGAGGACGAUGUCCGUAGGGGCUGGCGGGUCGUCACGUCAGCGUUGCAGCUCUGCGGAAGGCGGCAGGCAGUCGUACGGCCCGACGCUGUACAGCCACCUGUCGUCCCACGAGAUUCCAUUGCCUCCGAGUGACGACGACAGCGACGACCCCCGAUCAUCAACGGUUCCUCUGGGCAGCGUGGGCACAACAGGUGUUCGCGCGUCCGGGACGAGGACAGGUGGAUCGACAACGGCAGCCGGCGCAGUCCACCGAGGACGGGAUGACGAUGACGGCUAUGCUGCGGAGGUCGUGGGGCGAGAGGUUUGGGAUGAUUACCGGCGACAAUCAUGUCAAUCUAGCACGUCCGCCAUAAUGAGAGGGGUGGCGAAGAUCAAUGUAGGGGCGGACGACACACCCGGCGAUUGCGACGGUGCGGGUGGUGAAGAUUGCUCGGCAGGCGACGGGGGCAAUGACAACGACAGGGACGACGACGGGGAAAUGGAGAUUCGUCCGGUGGGGAAGAAACGGGGAGGGCCUAGGGCGACGAGCAAGUCCAGCGAGCCGCGCACGGGGCGGAGAGGCAAGAAAAGUGCGGGAGAUGCGUCGGCAGGCGACGGAGCGAUAAGCAGGGAUUUUUGGACCGUGGAACACAUGAUUACUCUUGUCCGAGCUAAAAGAGACCAGGAUUUGCAUCUUGCUGGCCUCGGCCACAACAUGGGAAGGAUGAAGACGAAGACAUGGAAGUGGGCGGACAUCGAGAGCAGGCUCGUGCAGAUGGGGGUGACGAGUAGAAAGGUCGACGACUGCAGGAAAAAAUGGGACAACCUGUACAUGCAGUUCAAAAUUGUGCACAAGUUCAUGGGAGAAUCGGGGGAGACUGAUUUCUUCACACUGACGCCGCGGGAGAGAAAGGAGCGGGGGUUCGAUUUUCGGAUGGACGAGCGUGUGUAUUCGGAGAUGAAGGCCAUGUCCAGGGGCGAUCACACUAUACACCCCACGAAUCUGGCGGAUACGGGUGCGGCGGGAGGACGACCUGGAGGUUGGAACGAUUCAGGCAGUAGUGACAGAUGCGGGGAUGGGCAAGACGACGAUCAGGGAUCAAAGCGGAAUUCAAGUUUCAGCAGCGGCAGUGCGGGCGGGUGCGGCAAAAGGAAGAAUGUGAGACAACAGACCUUCGACACCAUUGCGGACGUCAUGAAGGAACACGGGAGUCUGAUGGCGACGACAGUGGACAACGCGAGCAAGAGGCAGUGCUCAAUUCUGACUAGGCAAUGCGACAUUCUCGAGCGAGAGCUAGAAGUGCAGAAGAAGCACUACGUGAAGCAAGAAGAAGUGCUGAUGGUGGACGCGCAAGGGACUUCAGCGGCGGCGCGAUUGGGUUUCGGGCGGGAUGGGGUGUCGAAGGAACAGCUGUCCGCUCUGAAGCAGAGCAUUGCUGUUGGUGCUGCCGGGGCAUCGCAAAGGACCCCGAAGGCGGCAGGGGUUGUCAUAACGGAGGUGCGUGUGCCGAGGCAACUUCCCGCGGCGGCGGGGCAGGGCCAGCCACGUCUGGCACUCCCCCUGCAACAAGUGGGGGCUUCAGGGGGAGGGAAAGCACAGUCCGCGCAAAAGGGGGAUGCAACGGCGAUCGACACUCGGAUGGCGGCGGCGGAUCACAGCUGUAGAAGCAGAGUYGCCGAARGUGCGACCGAGGAGAGGGUAGACRACGUCCGCYAUGACGAUGGAAGAAGAGACGGAAAGCGGGAGGGCGACGACGACGACGACCGUCCACCUUGUGACGAGGUUGAAGGGAGCCGCAAAGGAGGAUGGUCUGGAGGAGAGAUCGAAGUUGUGGAGUCGUACAUCAGCGUCAAUAUUGCUACGGACGUCGCACGAGCAGUUUGGCAGGGGCAGGAAUGGUCGAACGUGGUGUCCCCUGCACUCGUGUACCACACUCUGGCGAUGAAGAUGGUCGUGCCUCUGUGGUUCGCGGGGGUGAUUGUGGAUCGGCCCGAGGACGACGACAUGGCGGCGUGGCAGGAGGCAACAGUUCUUCGCGUCGUGGAGUGCUGGACAGAUGCACUAUGGUGUGGACAAUGGGCGGACGGCGGUCGCGUGAAACAGGAGAGGUUGUCUAGGCUUGCGGACUGUCUUCGAGCGCUGUUGAGCGCGUGCAUGUGGAUCAUGCGCAUGGGUGGUGACGACGACCGUUCGCACUACGAGGCGUGCCUUUACUCGUCCAUGGUCGCCAAACCGACAAUGAUAGCGGCGGGGUCGUACAUCUUCAACUGGCGGCGACACAUCGUCGACAGCGCGAACCUCGUCUUGGAUCGUAUAGGGAAGGCUCACCUCACGCUGGGAGAAUACCCGCAUUGCAUUCCGGAAUGGUGUGACUGUGGGUUGGUGUUCGGCCACAACGCGGCCCUGAAGAACACGGCGGAAGCCGCGAAACACGGAUGGAUCGGCAGCGGGCCCGCGGCGGAGGAAGAGGGAAACGAGGACGGUUGACACGUGGGUGCGUCUGUGACGCAGCGUUAGGGUGCGGAUCGUC